CGGGUCUCCAUAAUAUCAGCGCCGUCCACUUAUCCGUAUCAGUGCCGCAGCCUACUGUUACCUACUUGUUGCUGGCGAUAUCUCCAAACAAACCGCCCCAACCAUCCUCCGCACUUCAAGAACACAUCGCCUUCUGUUGGUGGCUCGCACACAAGCACUUCUGGAGUGUUUCGAUCUGACGUUACUCGACGCGCUUGCUCGCCUUGCCCACGUCAUCUGCGGUCCGGCGAGACAGUUCCGCAAUGGCUUCCAGAAAGAAGGUCCUAUUGAAGGUUAUCAUCUUGGGCGACAGCGGUGUCGGCAAGACGAGUCUGAUGAACCAAUAUGUCAACAAAAAGUUCAGUGCCAGUUACAAGGCGACGAUCGGAGCCGACUUCUUGACGCGGGAAGUGAUGGUGGACGACCGCCAAGUAACAAUGCAGCUUUGGGAUACAGCAGGGCAGGAACGGUUCCAGUCACUGGGUGUGGCCUUCUACAGGGGCGCCGACUGCUGUGUGCUGGUAUUUGACGUCAACAAUUCCAAGAGUUUCGACGCGCUCGACAGCUGGAGGGACGAAUUCUUAAUCCAAGCCUCCCCACGAGACCCGGAUAACUUCCCGUUCGUGGUGCUGGGAAACAAGGUCGACGUGGAGGAGAGCAAGAGAGUGAUCUCGACGAAGCGGGCCAUGACAUUCUGCCAAUCCAAAGGAGGCAUCCCGUACUUUGAGACAAGCGCAAAGGAGGCGAUCAACGUGGAGCAGGCAUUUGAAGUGAUUGCGAGGAACGCGCUGCUUCAGGAGGAGUCAGAGGAGUUCAGCGGGGACUUCCAGGAUCCUAUCAACAUCCAUAUCGAGAACGACCGGGACGGCUGCGCAUGCUGAAUAAGGAGCCAUUGUUUAUAACGACUCUGAUUUCACUCGGAACAUUUUGCUUUGUAUGAUCAUGCUUGGCGUGUUGGCGUGUGUGGCUUAAACUGAACCGGGGGCUCUCGGGCUUCUGUCAUAUUAAUCCCAAGGGACUACAGUGGCCUUUCUGGGUAUGCUCCAUAGAGCUCCAUUGGCAUACUGUGGUAAAUGGUAGUCAAGCUUCCUCCAGAUCACGUAGCACUGGCUCAGCAUGCUCAGGUGCAAGUUUCAAUCUUGUUCCUAGCGAGUGAUUUUAAGUUCUAAUUUAAAUCCCGGCCGUCAUAGACAUAGACUAGUUUAAGAGCAAAGUCCAGCACGAUUCAUGCUACUAGUAAAACUCUAUUAUCUAAUCCUAUAGGGUUAAUAUAAGAGUAAUUAG